UAUCUGCCGCUGCUGCAGUUAUGGGAUAACUUCUGUUAAGAAACUAUUUUACUGGUGUAGUGUCAUUUCGCACAAUAUGACGUAAACAGAUGCUUAAAAAAUUAAUCGUUUGUGUAUGAUUCUGAAUCUGCAGGUCAAAUCAGUACUAUCUUGAUGUGUAAUGUUUGGGUUUUACAUGUGCUCAUUUAUACACUAAUACUGAGGAACAAAAUUAUAUUUCGGAGAAUUCCUGCCCACUACAACCGAUGAGUAACCGACGAAGAAAAACCCAAAUCCGGAAUUAAGUGUUGUGUUUGCACAAGAGUCUGUCCACUCACGCGCGCACACCCUGACGUCAAGGUAUCAGUUAAACGAUCUACACAAACCAUGUCGUUAGGAUCAGCUCAAACAACAUAUUUCACUCGGAGGCUAUGGAUUUUUGGACUGCUGAUAUCUCUCCUGAGCGUAACGCCCCAUUUCGCUGACGUUGUGAAAAUCCCCUGUGAUGUAAGGAAAGCCGAAGUCUGUGCUCUCGACUUGCAGAACUUGAGUGACCAAGUUAUAUCGUCGCAAAUCAUAACGUCUAAAUCUGAGGAGCUAUGUAGAAUAUCACUCCUGAACAGCAGUUACAUCAGAUGUUACAACGUACACAUGGAACAAUGUGGACUAGAUAAAUAUGAAUACUUGAGACUGCAAUGGCAGGAAACAUUGACUGACGCGGACGAUGCCUGUACUGGAGUUUGUCUUGACUAUCAGAGCUUUCCUUCCUGUACGAAUAUGAUUGCAACAGAUGUCAUCCUACAAAAUACAUCGGAAUAUGAGAAAUUUUGCAGGUCAUUCACCAGUAGCCUAGAGUGUGCAGAUACAGUGUCUUGUCAAUUCGAGCAGCCAUUUUACUUGUCACUUCUAGACCAGGAAAUAGUGUUGACUUGGCAACAAUUCUGUAAAACCGGUUGCUCUAAUUUGGAUCUUACCGUUGCUGCAAUAAAAUCCUGUCGUAUUCAUAUCAGCUACUUGUCAGAUUCCUCCACACCUUGCCAAUCACAUUGGCAAUUUAAGGCAUGUCUUCAGAUGAAUUCCGUUUGCCCCGAAUUUAUGACUAUCCUUAAACUGUUCGAGCCUUCUUAUAGCUACGAUAUGUUGGAUAUACAAUGCACCACAACAACUACAACAACUACUACAACUACUACAACACCACCACCUACAACAACUACAACUACUACAACAACACCGACAACUACUACCAUGCCAACUACUACAACGACACCAACAACUACAACUAUUGCAACUACAACACCGACAACACCUACAACGACACCGACAACUACUACACAGGCAUUACCUGCAGUAGAUAUCGAAACAUGUGGUGCAGAAAGCUUAUGGAAACUUUCCUCGAUGGACGAACAUAAUUUUAAAGCAGAGACACUUGCAGAUGCGAUAACAGCAGCUAGUUGUCUAUGUAACACAGUAUCGGAGAUGUGUAAAUUAUUUCGGGUAAUGACUCGCGUGCCUGAAAAAGUACGUACAUUCUGUACAUCUGCGGCCGCACGCACAUGUGCACGUGCUGGACUUAGUCGGACCGGACAGAACCAGACUGCGCACCUAGUCGAAAGUCGAUGUAGUAGGCUGGACGUAAUUAAUGUGGACCAGACCGGAGAGAAGUCGGGGUGUACGGGUCACAACUAUGGUAUCAUAGGCUGUAACAAAGGAAACAAGGACAAAUCCGUUUCACUUGUCGUCCUGACUUUGUUGUGUGUAGUAAGCAAGUUUGUAUGAGACUGUGGUAUUACAGUUAUACGUGCUGCAUUCCAUAAUUGGAUCCGGACAGAAAGGAUACUGAUGUGUGACCCUUCAUUGAUCCAAAUGAGUGGAACCUGAACUGACUCUUCUCUACUGGCACCAAGCUAGAUCACCAAGCAGUCUAGAUCACCAAGCACCCUAACUCAACUCUUUGUCUCAAACAUCAUCGAGCGUUCUGACUAAGUAAAAUACGAAAAAAUCGAAAAUGAGGCGUAUCCAAAUUUUGAUAGGCAAUCUGAUUGGUUGGCCAAAUGUUUUGCAUUUCAAAAAGUUUUUAUAGAUAAGGACCUUUUGGGCCACUCUUUCCAUUAACACAAUUUAAUGUUUUGAUAAAUACGAACAAAGUACACAUAAUUCUACAUCUUUGACAAUUCGCAAUCAGGUGGUGUUUUAUGAACGCCGCAAUGUUUCUCGAUAUUUAUGAGAUAAGAGCCCUUAGCGGUGACUUUUAGAAGAACUUAUACUUAACUACACUUUUAGCUUGGUGAUCUAGACUAUACUGUCACUGAACGUUAUCUAAAUGCUUACGACGGGAAACGUGCAAUUAUGAGACAGGAUGACAUUUCUAAUGUGAUCAAGUCUUCUGUGUCAGCGGUCACUGAAAUCAGGAUGUGUAAGGAUUUAACAAAAUGUGCAUGAUUAAGUAGUUUUUUUUACUCAUUCCUGAGAUAUUGUAUUUGGCGUACCCAUUCCCGCAUCACGACGGAAAAAUAAGGACGCUUCUCAAAACUAAUUAAUUUUGAACGUCGAUUAUUUUCAAAAAAGAAGAUGGAAAAGUUAUGUCUCAUCCAUCCAAUUUCAAAUAUAAUUUUUCAAGGAGUGUAAAUUUAGUCCAAUUUUAACACACUAAGCAAAACAUAUUUCAAAUUACUAAGAAUUAUAACGGUUUUUGAAAAAAUGUUCCUAAUUAUUUUAAGUGGGUGGCUAGAUUGCUCCACUCAUUCUGUUAUAAUGAAGGAAAUGCAUUCCUUGUUAAAUGGUAGAUUACCGUGAUUAUAACAAUAACACAAGUGUUUUGAAACUUCUUUCGAUCAAAUAUUUACUAGACGCUUAUUUGUUCAUAAGGGAAAUUUAACAUAAGUACAUAUACUUGUCGUGUAGAUCAGCCGCUAUGCACAUUCCAUUUUCUUAAUUUCCGCAAAAAGCGGAUGGGGUGGGGAGUGGAAAGCGUAGUUAUAGAUAUAAUAGAUUUCAUGUUAAUAAGAAUCUGGACUAUUAUGUUCCACGUUCUUGGAGUGUAUAGAAAUAUUUUUGUGCCUCUGAGACGAGCGGACAAGACCUCAUCUCAUGUGCCCAUCGCCAUAUUUGAUUAACAAUCACACCACAGCAUCACGUCACAAAGUGCUACGCGUGAUUGGAUUUUGGUGGUUAUCGCACAAAUGUCACUCUUGACCAUUUUUGUAAAUAAUGUCAUGAACCUCUCAGUAUGUAUUUUAAGCAUCCUAGAAACCUUCAAAAAGAUGUAUAUCUAUAUGUGACUACCUGUAAUGUCUUUUUUUCAUUUCUUCUGUAUUUGAAAUACUGAUACUAAUUCUUGGAUUCACUGUUCAAUACAAACAAAAUCACUCUUUCUGUAAACAUUUUUUAAAAGUAUUUACCUCAUUUCAUAUUAUUCAACUCUCCGGAAAAAGAACUAAGAACGUUUGAUUUGAGUGUGUUGUUACCGAUCAAAUAAUGUUAAGCAUAUGAAUAUGAUAUUUAUAAUCAGUUUUGAACUCUUGUUUUAGAGACGAUUAACAUCGCUGAUAUGAAUGCUAUGUUUUUCCUUGAAUUGCAAGCAUUUGAAUUCAAGUUCAAAUUUUCCAAAGCACUGUAGUGUUGGAAGUGCAAUUCUGAUACACUGGCAAACUGGACAUAUUGAUACCCGUUAUUCUAAAUUAUGUUUGUGUGUGUUUGUAAUGUUUUUGUUGCUCCAACGAAAAGCUAUCCAGCAGACAUUUGAAAUGUCAGGAACUGUUACACUGAGAUAUCUCAUGAAUCAAAAACAUGAAAUAAAAAGUUUUAAGAAUUAGACAAAACAAAUUUUAUUACAUAAAAAAACAAAUACAUGUUUUACAUACGAAACAAAUACAUUACAUGAAUAACAUAUACAUGUUAUUACAAACAAAACAAAUACAUGUUUUUACCUACAAUAAAUACAUGCUAUUACAUUUAAUAACAAAUACAUGUUAUCACAUAGAAUAACAAAUACAUGUUAUUAAAUACAAAACAAAAUAAUUCAAUAUGAAAUGGAAAAUUAAGAAAGGUGCACUUUUUUGUUUUGAAGGAAUCCUUUUGCACCCAUUAUGGGAGUUCAGUCCUGUACAAUUCUAUUGAUGACCAUUAACAUAGAUUAUAGAAGUGACUUCGUGGUGUAGCAAGUCAUCUGUAUCCUGUUUGGUUAUCUGGCAUUGUUAAGGAGUUAUAUGAUAACAUUCACAAUUUUACAAUAAACAAAAGAGAAAUUUCAAACAAUUUUAGUAGGGAGUUUAUACUUCAAAAGUUUGAAAAUGAGGUGAAUGUUAUGAAUACCUGAACUUUUAUUGGUUUACAUACAGGAUAAUAUAAAUAUUUUGUACAUAACUGGCUAUAUACCAGUGUUAAACAAACAUGCACUGUACUUAAAAAAAACCAAAAGUGUCUGUGAAGUAUUAUGCAUGUGUAGUUUUCACCCGAAUUUCCUACAAAUGACAGUUGACCUAUUUUUCUUUACACAAUUUACAUAUACAAUCAUGCAUAUAUCAGAAUAUUCAAAAACAUUGUUUUAGCAAAUAUUUAUUAUUUGAUAUGUCACAAACUAUUAUCUUAUUGACACUCCCAACGAUCGGCGUUUAAAUGUGGUCUUUCUUCAUUCGAACAAUAAGUUACACCGGUUUUCUUCAGGGAUUGCAUGUCUUUAACACUGAUUAAAUAAACGUUGAAAUCGUUCAGAA